AUGGGACACAUAGUGGUGACAGCAUUGCGGCGCCGCGGCGGGGCGGCAGAGGAGCGCGCGGGGGGGCGCGGCGCCCGCGCGGCCCGGGGGCGGCCGUCCCGCGCGACACUGUCAGCCAACCAACUGCUUGCCCAGAGUUCCCCCGCAGGGGCGACCAGGCCCCUGCCUGGUCCUUGGGAGCCCACAGGGCGGGACACCGUCCGAACCACAGUCAAAAUCAGUACCAACCACGCCGAAGGAACGCUGGUCAUCUCUGGUCCCCACCGCCGGACCGGGAGAAUGCCAACCGGACCACACGGUCUCAACAGAUUAUCGAGAAAAGAAAUGGAAAGAAGUAGUGAUAACCACAGCUAUCCACUCCCCAGUGAAUACAAGUUCCUGAGAGUUCUUGGAGAGGGCGGCUUUGGAGAGGUCCUGAAAUGUUGGAAGAAGGACACCAAACAAAACGUGGCUCUGAAGAUCCCCAAGUUCCUCCAAAAUUCCCAAAAGGAGGUUUUCAUGUUGAAAAAGUUUAUGCACCACAAGUUUGACGAAAAAAAUAUAGUCAAGUUUUUGGGCUGGUUCCACAUAAAAUUUGGAAGGGCGCUGGUGUUUGAGACAUUGCACAUCAGCAUAGAGGAUUACAUUUUUAAGAACCGAAAUGUCCCUUUGCUGCUGAGUGAUAUCAGAACCAUCAUCCAACAGGUGGUUACAGCAUUCGAAGCGCUGAAGAGCGUGGGGGUCAUACACACAGAUGUUAAACCAGACAACAUAAUGCUUGUGGACCAUAAACGACCCUUCAGAGUCAAGCUGAUAGACUUUGGUUUGGCCAUUCCCACAUCUGAAACCAAGCUGGGCAUGACUCUGCAGACAGUUUUAUUUAGGUCACCAGAAAUUAUUUUGGGCCUACCAUUUUCAGAGGCCAUUGACAUGUGGUCACUCGGCUGUGUGAUGCUCCCCAUGAUGUGCGGCUAUAUACUGUUCUGUGGAAAUACUGAAUAUGAAAUACUGCGGCACAUUGUUCAUCUCCUGGGUCAGCCACCGGACCAUCUGCUUGAUAACAGGACAAAGACAAAGCUGUAUUUCCAAAGGACCAAGUCUAAUAGCUGGAGGCUUAAGAUUUGUCUCGAGUGGGAUAAUGAAGCUGAAGAUGUUGAGCGAGAGCAAUGUGUUGAGCUCCUGAAGGCCAUGCUGAAGAUGGAUGCGGCUGAGAGGAUCACACCCAGUGAAGUCCUCGCUCAUCCAUUUUUUGCCAAGCGCAGUGAAGUUUCAGCAUCUGGAUCUGUUCAGUGGAGAACAAAGGAAAGGACCAGAUUCAAGGAGACCAAGAAGACGACACAGCAACCAUCCAGUUCGCUUACGGUUCGUCCUGCAGCACCCCUGCGGAAGCGUACUCAUCUGGAGAGUAACAUUUGUUUGCACAGUAGCGGGAACGAGACAUCAGGAGCGGACUGGGAGUGUCCUUCUUCUGAUCCAAAGGACGACAACACCACCAAGAUCCCACCAGACCACUGCAGUACAUCUCUUACAACCCCACCAUCACGUGUGAUCAUGGUUCGACCCGCCACAGCAGAGAACACACUGAAGUUGGAAGAUGAGGACACCACAGUUAGCACAAAGAAGAAGAAGAACUGCAAUCUGCGGAUCUUUUCUUGGAUGAAGAAGACCUUCUGCCCCUGCAUGGCCCCUGCUGACGUGGAUGAGGAGAAGUGA